CCACGCCGCAAUGCUGCAUAGUGUCAUGCAGCCUCACAACUUACUCUUCAACCACCGAUGUCAUUUGCGCGGUCGUACAAUCCUUCAUUCCGUACUUGCUACACGCUCGCUCGUAUAACUGAAUUUCGCUGGCCCCCCUCCCAUUGGUCAGAUGAAACUCAACCAAAUUAACAUGGCGACGGUGUCCGGUAAACCACGCCAAAGAGCCUGGAAACCCAAAGCGCGCUCUGGUUGUAAAACUUGCAAAAUACGCAAAGUCAAGUGUGAUGAGGAGAAACCGCACUGCAGGCGAUGCACCUCAACGGGCCGUACGUGCGAUGGCUACGAUCCGACUUUCAGACCUCCGCCGUCAUCAACACCCUCGCCUCCAGAGUCAUCAAGAAGCUCACCUCAAUCCGGAUCAAGUUGGAGUCUGACGCGAUCUAAUUCGCCGGUUUUCAUCGCUCCAGCCAUACGUCUCGAUACUAAAGAGGAAAGAGACAGUUUCGAAUUCUUCAUGACACAUGCCGUUACAAACCUGCGCGGGUUCCUGGAUUCGCCAUUCUGGCAACGAGAAUUGCUUCAAGCCGCUCAUCGUGAACCCGCGAUCCAACAUUGCAUCAUCGCUUUGGGCGCUAUGUACCGGCGCUUUUCCGAAGGCAGCGACUCACAUCUUACGGAGACAGCCAUGCUCGACCGUUAUCUACAAUUUGCUCUGCGGCAAUCGAACCAAGCAAUUCAGGACUUGUUAAAGAAGCCGAAGACCAACGACAGAGUAGUCAAAUCGGAUAAGGUCACGCUUAUGACCUGCGCUAUCCUGUUUACCAGCAUGUGUUGCUUGCAAGGCUACCAAAGAGACGCAAUCGAGCACGUACGCAGCGGUAUCAGGAUGUUGAACGAAGUGGACCAAGGGAAAGAAAAGUUUGACCACCCGAUAGAACUAGAGUCCAUACGCACCAUCUUCGUAGGAUUCGACACACAAAUCAGAGCGAUAAUGCCAACGCACAUGUCACCCACCUGGGUCACAAAGCCCAAGACUAAACCACUAUGUAGCUCACCAACUAGCACGCUCAAUAUGACUGCGCUACACGCGAUGCUAGGACACACACAGAGCCUACUGAACAGCAUUCACGCAUUCAACCAAAGAACCAAAUUACGCCCCGCGGACGAAGUCGAAGAAGUAUACAUCGAAUACCUCGACCUCAUCUCACGCUACCAUCGCGGCAAACUCGUCAUGGACAAUCUCUGGAAGCAAGCCCCCGCUUACGGCGAAGAAUUCACCGAACCCCUCACGGCACUAGAACUGACACAAGUCCAAAUGGAAUACCUCCUCCGCGCCCCUCGGGCCGAUCUCAUUCAAAAAUUCCCGUGUCUAGGCGACUUCAAGCCCGCGCGGAAACCUUUCACCGAACCCUUCGACAUCGCCGCUCAAUUCGUCCUCAUCUUCGAACUCGCAGCCAAACUCCUCCCUCUUUCAGGCGCUCAGACACCCAUCUUCCAAACCCCCGUUGGCCCCACAUCCGCACUCUGGGCCAUCGCUGUGCGCGCACCGUCCUCAUGUCAAGCACUACGCAAGCGCGCUGUAAAGCUCAUGUUGAGCCAUCCCCGCAGAGAAGGGUUUUGGGAUGGGAUGCUUGCGGGACAGAUCGCGGAAGAGGCGUUGAAGUUGGAGCAAGAGCGCGCGAGAGCGGAGAUGGGUGUUGAGGAAGAUGAUGUAUGCGCGGAGAUGGAGGUACCGGAGCAUUUGCGCAUUAUUGCGUUCUAUUUGACGCAUCCGAAAGAUAGUGAUCGGACGGUCAAGGUUGAAUUUUCGGAUGCGAGGGAUUUGGCGAUUGGGAUUCCGGGGUCGGUUAAGUGGAUUACUUGGUAGAAAGGUCUUCACCUGAGGUAUGAGAGAGUACCUACCUAUUCUCCACUGCUACGCCGGCGCUUCGAGAUGUGGGCCGAGUACGAUAAGCGGCGAUGUCCUCUUCGUCACGUUGCAACACAUGACACUCUGCGAUCUCCCGCCGAUUCCAGAAGCCAUAGUCUGGUUUUACAUUCGCUCAUAACGUUUGUGAAGAGGUUGUUAUAGGUACCUCUCACCUCCAUCGCUCCUCUCCCUCCGAUCGGCUCUGGAUGGAGGGAAACCUUAUUCCUCGCUUCGCCAGGUUACUCUAACUGCGGAUGAAGAUAUCGUCUUAUCGUCACA